UUAGUUUUCUUCCCCGCGAUUCUUCUGUGUGUUCGCGUUCUUCUGGCCUGCCAUUGCCAUUGUUUCUGCUUCUGCUUCUGUUUCUGCUGAAUUUCGUAUCGUAGCGUAUCGCUGAGCGAGAAGUCAGUUUGACGUUUUGCUUUGACAAGCAACCGUCGUCGAUCGGAGAUCGUGAAUAGCGGACAGCGGACUGCGGAUUGCGGAUCGCGGCUGAAUCUCGUGAAUCGAAAUCUUGGGCGUUCUCCUCUCCACUUCCCUCUGCCCGCCGGCCGCCCAGAGCAGAGUUCUGAAUUCUGUAGGAGUAGUAUACCACCCAAGAGCACACGUUGCACCACCCGCUGACCGCCGAAAAUUCGGUUAUCUCCGUGGCCGCAAUAAUCGACAAUCAUAUUCCCGAUUUGUGAUCAAUAUACAUGUACCGAGUGUGUGUGUGUGUGCUGUGCUGUGUGCCAUAUAUCGGGGGUGCGUGUGUGCCGUUCAGAUUGAGUGUUGGCAGUAAAUGUGAGCCAAUUGUAUCUCUCAGAUACAGAUACGUUGGCGGUAGGAGCGUUAUCGGCGCUACUGCUGCCGCUGCCAUAGCCGCAAUAGCUGCUACUACUGUCGUGACCGCGCCAUUGUUAUUAUUUUUAAUGCAUUGAAUUUGAGUUUGCAGCUUACAACUCGCCGUGUGGAUACGAGAGUAUGUAGUUGGCUAUGUGUAUACAUAUUUUGCAAUAUCUUGUGCGUCAACGGCAACAGCAACAACAUCCGUUCUAUGAACGUGACCCCCGCGCAUUAAAAUAAAUUCUAAUUUGUGGAAGAAAGAGCAGCGAAAUGUUUUGUUAUUGCGAAGAAGUGCUCGUGUGUGUGCGGCAAUAUUUAUUAUGAGAGUGCGUGUGUGUGUACUCCUGCCUACUCUGCCCACUCUGUGCUCAUGUGUAUUUGUUUAAUUUAUAUCUAGAGUCUAGAGUCUGAUAUAAAUAUUAAAAUAAGUAUAAGAAGCGGCGCACAGCUACGUCCGCCCGCCUAUGUGCACAAAAUAUCACCAGCAACAGGCGGCCAAGCAACAACUACCAGCUGAACGACAAAUUUUUGGUUUCGUUAUCCGGAUCAUGUGACCAGUAUCUCCGCUGGCCACCAGUCAAUCAAUCAGCAGACCGCAGCCCAAAAAUGUUUCAAUUAUGUUAUCGCCAGCAACAACGACAUCGUCCAGAAUCGAAAGCAUCGAACCAGAGCAGCAGCAACCACAAGAAGGCAGCCGCACUGCCCAGGACGAAGGAGUAAGCCGUGCAAUCCCGCAAAGGCCAAGUCCGGAUACGGAACCGGAACUCACUGCGAAACCGAAAUCACAAGGCAACCAAGAGCAAUUUAGCAUAGCAACCGCAACGCAAUCAGCCAGGCCAGGAUCAGAAGCAGGACUUCUUAGCCAUGGGCUGUUCUCCGAGUACUCUGCCCCCCGCCCCUUCCGCUGGUCAGACCGGCGAACGAGGAUCCCUGCCGCUGGACGCCUCUGAAAAGGACGAGAGCCGCCUCUUCUGCAUCAAGCUCCGACGCAGCCGCCUGCGCCGCUGCAGCUGCGGGGGCGUGACCUUGCAGCCCCCCAGCGACGGGAACGGCAGCACGGCCGGGGACAACCUGUGCGGCCAGGUGCUCCUCAAUCCGCUGCAGACCAAGAGCGAGGCCGACUACGAAAAGCUGAGCACCGGCAAAAAGGACUCGAUUGUGACGGUGGCCGCCCUGGGCAACUUCACACACAGCGUGGUGCGACGGGCCACUGGAAGCACAGGCACAUCGGGCACCAGUUCAUCCGGCGGGAACAGCCGUCCAGGUCACCGCAAGUCAUCACUAGCCCUCGCCCUCACCCCGGAAGAUGAGCCGAUGGACGUCUACCAGCGAAAUCUCAUGGACCUGAAGUAUCCAACCGUGCUACCACCGAAUCCCCCACUUAAGGCCCUCCUGGUUUUCCACAAGUCGGACAGCAUCUGCGAGGCGAUCACCGCGGCCUGCCAGCGCCACCAGCUGGACGUCACGCUGGUCAAGUCCAAGGAGGAGGCCCUGGACACCCUGCAGAAGUCGUACGCCACCGCCCAGUGCUACCACCUAAUCAUAAUUGAUGCGCGCUCCUCCAAGAACCUGGAUGCGGAGCACAUUGCGAGAACCAUUCGUCACACACACGGCCACCAUUUAACGACAAUAAUUGCAGUCUGCAAGAAGAGUUUCUUCGAAAAGGAUGAUGUGCUAAUUGCUCUAUUGGACGCUGGCGUUAAUAGAUGCGUAGCGGAGACGACCAACCUGGCCAUGUGCAGUGUGGAACUGAAGCAGAUACUGCACUCCAUCAUCCGGCCGCACAAUGUCAUGUCCACUCAACAGGCCCUCUACACGGCUCUGCACCGGCUAAAGGAGGUGGUGCUCAUCACGGACGACUUGCUGCGGAUUCAGUACGCGAACCGUGCCACCGAGAGGCUGCUCAACAUGCGGCUGGACGAGAUCAUUAGCAAGCAGCUGGAGGACAUAUUUGUGUCGGACCUCUCCACCAUCAGCGAGCAGUGCAAGAACAUCAAGGAGUUCGACGGCAUCCUGACCGUGCGGCGCAAGAGCCAGGAGGGCAUACCCAUGCACGUGCGCGUCGUGCCGGUGGCUUGCAUAGGCAGCGCCCCCACGCACCUGAUUUUCAACUUUGAUGUGCCUGGCGGGCAGAUGGACUUCAUAGCCACGCUGCCGCAGCCCAAGGAGGCGCCUCGGGGCUCCCUGCACUCGGUGCGGCGCUGCAGCUUUGAUGUCCGCUCCAUCGCCUCGGACGGACUGCGGAGGACGAGCUUGGCCAAGCUGACGUCGCUGCCACUGGAGGCACCCAUCACUAAAAUAAUCAAUUUACUAUCACAAGUACAGGAGAAUUGUUCGGCCGAUGAGGCGCGUCUCAUAGACAAGGUCUUGGAGUUCCUGAAGCGCGAGGGACUCUACAGUCCGCAGAUGAAGGAGAUACGAACGGACGAUCCCAUAGCCACCGAUCUAAUCGGUGCCCUGCUAACAGGUCCCAGCGUGUACUCAUCGCGCCGCAGCUCGAAUGACUCCAUCAUACGCACUGGCAGCUCCACGAGAACUGCCGCCAUUGUGCCCGCCAAAAUGAAGUCCAACCCCAUUAUCAUGGAACUACUUGACGAAUCUCUCAGCUGGGACUUUGAUAUUUUCAAAUUGGAGGAGAUCACCGACUACCACCCGCUGCUCUACCUGGGCAUGGAGAUGUUCCGCCGCUUCGACGUCUUUGCCACCCUGAACAUCGAUGAGAACGUGUGCAAGGCGUGGUUGGCAGUGAUUGAAGCCCACUACCGCAAGAGCAACACAUAUCACAACAGCACCCAUGCCGCGGAUGUGAUGCAGGCCACUGGCGCAUUUAUCACCCAACUAACCAACAAGGAUAUGCUGGUGAUGGAUCGCAUGGAGGAGGCGACUGCCUUGAUCGCCGCCGCCGCCCACGACGUGGAUCAUCCUGGUCGCUCAUCCGCCUUCUUGUGCAACUCCAACGACGCCCUGGCCGUUCUGUACAAUGAUCUGACAGUGCUGGAGAACCAUCACGCGGCAAUCACCUUUAAGCUGACACUGGGCGACGACAAGAUCAACAUUUUCAAGAACCUGGACAAGGAGACGUACAAGUCGGCCCGCAGCACCAUCAUCGACAUGAUCCUGGCCACCGAGAUGACCCGCCACUUUGAGCACCUGGCCAAGUUCGUGAGCGUCUUUGGUGGCGAGGAGCCGCGUGAUCACAACCCCCAGACGGAUGAGGAGACCUCCAUACUCAUGCGUCGCAUGCUGAUCAAGGUGGCCGAUGUGAGCAAUCCCGCCAGGCCGAUGCAGUUCUGCAUAGAGUGGGCCCGCCGCAUAGCCGAGGAGUACUUCAUGCAGACGGACGAGGAGAAGCAGCGCCACCUGCCCAUCGUGAUGCCGAUGUUCGAUCGGGCCACCUGCAGCAUACCAAAGAGCCAGAUCGGCUUCAUCGAAUACAUCAUACAGGACAUGAUGCACGCCUGGGAGAGCUUCAUCGACAUGCCGCAGCUGAUCACCUACAUGCAGAUCAACUACUCGCAGUGGAAGAAGUACGACGAGCAGGGCGUCAACACGCUGGCGGAGAUCAUGGCCAAGCAGCCACCGGUGGGCAAGAUGGCGAACUCCAAAUAGCAUACGGCCUUCCGGAGAUUGUUCUCGGGUCUACUGAAGCCUCUGCCGGCCCAGGCGCCAGGUACCUCCACGAUUGGCGAGAACGAGAUGGAGGACGUGCUCUAGUGACGGCGUCGAAGGUCCUGCGACGUCUGACUCCGGACCCGCAGUCUCUCGGCCUAAUCCUCCCACUGAAGUCGCAGCUCAUCACGGCUUGAAGCCCACCCGAGUCCACCCGCUCCCUGGACUGCCCCACACUUAUCUCUGAACGGACCAACGGACUGGGGGCGGGGUCCCGGAGUGGGCGGCUGGCUGGCUUACGAAGUGGUGCCCUGAGCGGUGUCACAAAUGCGGUAUCAUGCAAAGCAAACUAACUAAGGCAAACAGUAAACAAUUAUUGGGCUGGACUCAAAAUUAAAUGUUUAAGAUGAUGCAUCACAAGAAGCGAACUUUCUAUUUCUAUAUAAAUAUAUAUCAUGUGAGUCUGUGUGUGCGUGAGUGUGUAUGUCCCUCCAUCCCCAUAUAAAUGUGUAUGUGUUUAGGCUAACGAAAGCAGACUUGCAGACUAGCAAACUAGCAUGCUGUGCUAGCAAGCUAGCAAGCUGGCAAGAAGUCCCACAGCAUAUUGACCAGAUCAUAUGGCGUGCGCUCCACUGUACCUGGCAACGGUAUAAUGUAUAACAGUAUAACGGUUUUGGCGACCGUAUAGCGGUACUACCGACCCAAGUGUUACAAGCAUGUAGUUCUCUCCCAUCAUGAAGACAAUCUCUGUUAAAUACUGCGAGGCCAAGUAAAUAUAGUUUAAUUGCUGUCCAAGUCAGAUUCGCAAUCGGAUUCGGAUUUGGAUUUGGAUUCGGUUUCGGAACGAGUACGAGGUCAUAGCAUAGAUGAAGACUAUACAUAUAUACAUAUGCACAUGCGGGCGAGAUCGCGGCAAGCACUAUACAUACAUAUAUACUACUAUCACUAGCGACUAGCUGACCGGCUAACUAGCUAACAACUACAAGUAAAACUGAAACAAACUAAUUCGAAUCCACUCUUGAGACAUAUGAAAUCCUAUGGGGCCCCUUUUACUACCUAAUUAUCUAGUUACCUACUUUCCUAACUGAAGAAAAACGCGAAACGAUGAGCUAUCCUAACUAAUACUAUUAAUGUUGUUUAGCUUUCUAAGCAUACGGUAUGAGAAA